GGUCAAGAGGAAAAAAUAAAAACCUUAUUUUCAAAAUAAAUUUUGGUCCCCUCGAAAUUGCAGAUACUUUCGUCAGUUUUUGUUUUGCUUAAGAUGUGAUUGACCCGGGCGCGGUUUGUGGUGAUUGUAUUUCGGUAAAAAGUUGAGAAAGUAAUUGAAAAAUCUGCCGGGGCAAUGGAUUUUGUACUGUUUUUGGGUGUGGUGGUGGUCAUUUACGGAGUGUUAUUAUUUUUCGACAAUUUCUUCAAGAGUUGCAUGCACUACCCAUAUGAUGCUUUCUUGAGAGGAACCGGGCUGACGGUGAAGUUCUUACGCAUUCAGUGGCACACCACUGCCCUAAAUCGAUCGAUCGUCAAAUGGAGCACGGCUUACCCGAAACUGUUGGAUCUGAACUUCAGUCUGGGUGUCUACUUAUCUAUUCUCCUCAUGCCUCUAGCCUCUUGUUUGAUAGUACUGUCGGCAUUCCACACGAAACAUUCCGGCAAGGGUGGCUCCGAGGGAACCGGCUCCAGUUCAUCCUCCUUCACGGCGGCCAAAGAAUCCGUUUCCUUAGAUCUCCUAAUCCCAGGCAUCAACCUCCCCAUCAAUGAAAUCGGUUACUACAUUGCUGCCCUGGCCAUUAACAGCGUGGUCCAUGAACUGGGACACGGUUUAGCGGCUGUUCUAGAAGACAUCCCAAUCAAGGGGUUCGGAUUCCACGUGAUGCUUAUCGUUCCGAUGGCCUACACCCAACUUGAUUCGGAUCAGCUGAAUGCACUGAAAACAUGGAAGCGGCUUAAGGUGCUGUGUGCCGGGAUUUGGCACAAUCUGCUGUUGGCUGCGACGGCCUAUUUACUGUUUGUUACAACGCCCGUGAUGCUGUCUACUGUUUACCGAGUUAACGAAUCGGUCAUGAUAACUGGUAUCAAGAAUAACUCCCCUUUGCUUGGAUCCAAGGGGCUGGAAGAAGGUGACAUCAUAACAUCCAUCAACAGCUGUGAGAUAAACAGCGAAUCCUCCUGGUACGGUUGCCUGUUAGAAUCGAUCCAAUCCCAGCCAGCCUAUUGCAUUUCCCCGGAUUUCGUACACCUAAACGACGAAUCCGUCCCGAUUUCCCACAAAAACGACGGCCUCAUCGAGUGUUGCAACGUGGAAAACAAGGCCUCCAACUGUUUCGAGUACGUGGUUGACGUAAACGAAGAAGACGUGGCCCUCCCACAGCACAUGUGUCUCAACAUCCGAAAAGUGAUCGAGAACUCGUUCAGCUACUGCCAUCUGCGGCCGGACUGCUCCGAAGGCCACUGCUUCAAACCGAUGAUCAACAACUUCACCACGAUACUGCAAAUCCGGCGGGACCGGAAACCGGAUGUGAUCUAUAUCGGACAUCCGGGGGAUCUAACCCGAACCAUUCGAAUCUCGCAGUUUGUCCCGAAAACGGGACUUUUUAGGCCCGGCUUUGCCGACGGUAUUCAGCUACUGCUCAAGUAUGUGGUAGUUUUUGCUUUAGGAUUGGCAGUGAUAAAUGUAAUUCCGUGUUUCGGCUUCGAUGGGCAGCACAUCGUAAGCACUCUGCUGUCCAAUGGAGCCGUCACCAGUAGGGUGCCGCAGAAAAGUAAACGGGACGUGAUCGCCCUGUGUAUCAACAUUGUGGGAACGCUUUUCGUGUUCAUUCUGGUGACCAAAGUAUUUUGGCAGAUGAUUUUCAAAGCCGUGUGGGAGUAGAGAGAGAGAGUUUCAGGGUUUUCAAACUGUUGACAAUGGAAGCGCAACCUAAAGUAGUAGUCAAUAAGUUGCAUAAAUUUGGUGAAUAAAGUAAUCUUAUUAAGUCUAAAAAUGAUAUGUAGUCAGUAGUAUUUAAGGUUCAGCCAGUACUAGAAAUUGCGAUAUUUCAACACAGGAAAAAUAGCAAUAGUGGUAAUUGUAAUAUUCCGAGAAGGCAGGCGGAUGCGGAUGUAGAACACGAUGUCUAAGGGAACCGGUUUGCGAAAGCCGGACACUGUUAGUGUUAGCCGUACACAUACAUAGUAACAAAAAAAACAGCACCCAUUAUGAAACCCGAUACGUUAUAGUACCUUAUAUGUACUGGAAACAAAAGUGUAGCUAAAUACAAUCAUCUUUUGUAAUCGA